AGUUGCAAACUUUCCACAGUGCUGCCACAACUUCAUCCUUGAUGACUGGAAAAACAGAAAGAGAUAUGACGCUCCUGCUACUUCUGAUGAUGUUCCAUUUAGCACAACCGGGAAAACAAGCAGGAACUUUACAAUCCUCCACCAAUUCAGAAAAAAACAAUGAGUCACCCCAUCCAGCUCCAGCAUGUGGAGUCGACCAUCCACCAUCGACCAUCCACCUUUUUUGCUGCAGACGGAAAUUUUCUGAUUUUUUUAACACGAAUGAAUGCUCCCAAGAAGUUACAAGUACAACCACUCAUGGAGACAACAAUAGGAAUGAGAAAGAGGCCAUAGACAAUAUUAUACAAACAACGAAUCAAUCAAAGGACUACUAUUUUAAGGAUCUUGCUAUUUCUGUAGUUAAGAUAAACUCAAUCCUUACAGAUCAUCUACUAACAGUCACUGCUCCAAAAGUGUCUGAUAAAACUCGGACAGUACAGACAUGGAUCCCAGUGGAACCUUUCCUAAAUGUCAGUGGGGCUGAGCAGAAAUUUGGAAUCAUUACUUACAACUCUAGUCAGCAGUUUAAUCAGAGAAAUGCUUCUAUAAUGUCUGAAGUCAUACGGAUUGAAGUUGUUGGACGUGACAUUGUAAAUUUAACAAAUCCACUUAAAAUACGUUUCCCAGUGAAUAGUUACAAAAAUGACAGAAACAAAAGCUAUGUAUAUUCCUGUCAAUACUAUGAUGAACAAGGAGACAGCACCUGGAAGACGGAUGGCUGCAACACCACUCAGAUCAAUGAAACUGUUGUGGAGUGCUCCUGUGACCACAUGACCCCUUUUGCUGUGCUUCUAGUUGAGGUGAAUGACAUUGAUGUACAACAAUGGGAAAUCUUGUCGUACAUCAGCUACGUAGGCUGCAGUUUGUCUGCAGUUUUUUCUGCUUCCUCCAUCUUGUCGUUCAUUUUCAACAGGAAUGCAAGAGCAGAAGUGUCCAGCAGCAUUCAUGUGUCUCUAAGCGGCGCUCUGUUUCUCCUCAACCUGAGCUUCAUGUUCAGCGAGUGGGGCGCCACACUGACUGUGAAAGAAGUGUGUGUGUUUAUUGCUGUGACGAUACACUAUAGCUUGCUGUGUUCUUUCACCUGGAUGGCUAUUGAAGCCUUGCACCUCUACCUUCUUCUGGCCAGAGUGUUCAACAUUUACAUCAAAUACUACAUGUUCAAGUUGUCCCUGAUCGGAUGGGGAGUCCCUGCUGUUCUUGUUGGAAGUUUGCUGUCAGUUCAACAACACACCCGUCCAUUCUAUGGCACCAAAAAUGUGAACUUAUUAAAUUCGAAUGCCACAAAUCCAGUAUGCUGGAUCACAGAGCCUCUCAUCCUGUAUGGUGUGAACCUUUCCUACUUCACCAUCAUAUUUGUUUUCAACACAGUAGUUCUAAUCACAGUGUCCAGACAGAUCUUUAAGCUAAAGAAACUGGACAACAAGCAUAAGAAAAUACCAGUGAAGGAUUUCAGCACAGUGCUGGGUCUCAUGUGUCUGAUGGGUACAUCAUGGGGUUUAGUUUUUUUUGGCUCUGGAUAUACCAGCUACCCAAUACUCUACAUAUUCUGCAUUUCAAACACAAUGCAAGGCUUUUCUAUCUUUCUGUGGCUGUGUCGGACAGCUAGGCCAGAAAAACAGAAAGCAGCUCAUACCAAGUCUGCAUCCACUCUGGACACCUUCACUAUUGAAAAACAAAAGGAAUCAAGAUGACCAGUCUCAU